UUUUAGGAUUUGUUGAAAGUUUAGAGUCCUCAAAUCAAGUCUCUAACGCACGCAGGUGAAUCAUUGGGAGUGGUAGGGGCCUUUUCUAGCUCUCCCCUUAUCUCCUCUCUAAACCCUACGUCGUAUUCUUCGUGUUCAAUCUACGUGAAUUCCGGCCCUGAAAUGUUGUGAUGAAAGGGUGCUCCCCAUCAACACGAUGCUUGGAUUCUCGACCGUCGAUGGCUUCAUGGAGGUGAAUGAAAGCAUUGCUGAGAUGAUAAAGCAACUGGCUAAUGAGCCCUCUAUUGGGCUCUUCUUUGUGCAACAACACACCCACAAUGCAGUCCCCUUUAUGAUCAACAUUAAGGAUAAAGUGGUGGAGAAGACUCGUGAAACAAUCUUGCACACCGAAGAUCUGGAGGAUUCGGUCAGGCAUGUAAGUUCAAUGAAACAAUGUGGCCCACUUAUUGCUGAGCAGAUGAACUCAGAAAUCAAGAAAUCCCUCAUGUUGAUGUCCUCUUUGCAGCAGCAGAAAAGUGCAAUACCACAAAGUGGUUCAUGGGGACCAGCAGUCUUCGGUUCAGGUCCAUCCAAGAUUAGAGACAAACUACAUAGCAGCUCAGUUAAAAGGAGCAGUGGCACAUCCGACAAUACCAAGGUCACAGGUUCUAGUAACUAUUUCUCAACAAUUCUUAGCUCUGCAAAACAAAGAGCAGUGGGUCUUAGAUGGCCUCAACUUGAUGCUUCUCUACACAGAGGAGCAAUGACAGAGAAUCAGGACUUAAGCUCUACAAACGAGCAACUGGUUGGGUCAAUGGGUUUAGAGAAUGUAGAAAUGGAGAAUGAGGAGCUUCCCAUAUCCAGUAACACUGAAGAUGAAAUUGAGGCGUUGAGAGUUGGCAGUAAAGAGACAGGUGGGAUCUCUGUGGCCCCUGUUUUGGAGGGGGUAACUGAGAACUAUGAGAAGUUUAAGACGGAACAGAAUGCAAAGUUAGAGAAGUGGCUCAUGGAGGCUUCCGAGGAUCGAGAUAUUGGUGUUGUGAGUAAGACGAGUGAGAAGGGUGCGAUGGAGGGCACAUCGGGCUAAGGGUGUUUGAUGUUGUAUUUCUAUUUUCAUUAUUUUUAAAUUGUGUGAAUAUGCUUCCCCCCUCCCCCCCACCCUAAAGGAAAAAAAAGAAAAAGUUUCCCAAAAAAAUUGUAACAAUAUGUGUUCAUUGGUUUAUUACGUGUGAGCUUAACCACAUUA